AAUAAUGUUCUUUAUAGCAUUUUUUUCUUUGGUACACGAUGCAGUCUAGGAUCAUCUAUUGCAGUCGGUUGUCAAGUCCUCUUUCAUCUGGAACAUAUCCUCAACUUUUCUUUGUUUUUUAUGACAUUGAUAUAUUUUUUUAAUUCAUGACUUCCUCUAAUAAGAAUAAAAUAAUAAUUGAUAUCUGUCGAGCACUUAGUAGGUGUUUAAGUACUUGACAUAGACUAUUUCAAUUAAUCUUCACAACAAUUCUACAAGGUAGAUAAUAGUAUUGUCCCCAAUUCAUAAAUGGUAAGUUCCCUGUCUCCAGUCAGUAAAUAUCUCGAGUCGAGAUCAAGGAACCAGUCCAUCUGGCUCCAGAGCCAGUGUUCUAACUGCUUCGGUGACAUGUGCAUUGUCACUGGUGGAUCUUUGCAAUCCUGAACCAGUGCAGGAUCAUUUGCAGAUAGAGUUUGCUGCAGAAAGGAAACAGGAAGUAAAGUCGGUAAUCUGGAUGCAGCCUGAGGAUCACUGGCAAAUUAAAAACUGAUCUCUGCUCCAUAUGUGCUGGAACACAGGACUAGCCCCUUCAGGUCUCUGUACCUGUUCCCUCCUCUCUAAAAUGUCAGUGGUCAUACUGCCAUUCAUUCAACAAUGAGUAUUCAAGUGCCUGCUGCCUCCCAGUCAUUGACCUUGGAAAGAAUGACAUAAUACUGCCUUUAUUAUUAUAAAAUGUGGAACGGUACAAUGAAAAAUGUGAUUAUUCUCUUUGAAUAGUGACUCACUGGAGUGUUGGAGGCUUUGUUUUGGCGUUAUCUUCUCUCUUCACAUUGACUUUACAUUUGGCCAGUGAGUAAAUCCUGCCAGGUAGGAUGAGAAGUGGUGUUCCUGGAAAGUUGUUUGGUUUGUUUGUGAGUCGCAAUGGUGAAGGUUAAGUAAAUCUAGGUUUGUCAGUAUGAGAAACAUUACCUUUCUUAAAGAAACAACCUGUUUUCGUUAUCACUAUUCUAAGAGAGAAUCCAAAAUAGCUUUAAAAACAGUCUAAUUACCGUCAGUGUCUUUGAGUCAAGUAGCUUUGUCCCCAGAUGACCUGUAUGGAAACCAGAGACCAAGAAAGGUAAGAGCAAGUGUGAAGGAACUUACAGAAAACUGUUUACACCAUGAUGGGCCAUUUGCUUUUGAUUUUUGUAUUUCAAACAAAUGCAAGAAUUCUGUCCUAGGUUAAAUACCGGUCUUUGUUAUCUGUAGGGUAACAUGCUUUUAUCAUCAUGGAAUAGAGCUGUUCUUCCCUCUAGAGUUUUUAAUGACUGAAAUGAUGAUAAUAACAACUACUAAAGCAAAUAAUACUAACAAUAGCAAACAUCUGUAUCCUGUUUACUCUGUGUCAGACACUGUUCCAAGCACUCUACGUAGAUUGACUGAAUGAAAUCUCACACCAACCCUGUGAGUUAGGUAUUAUUAAUAUGAGGACGCAGGCGAUUUCUUGAUAGAGUAAUAGUGUGCGUUUUGGCCUCAAAGAAAAGUUUCUGCUUGGAUCCACUAAAACCCAGAUGUAAUGUGGAGGCUUAACUAAACAAGAGUUUCUAAACAUUUUGAUGCUUUCACAUUUUCUGUUACAUCCCCUAUGCCAGAAACUCUACCUCCAGUGAAUUGUUGGAAGAAAGUGUAGUUGCAUGUUAUUAAGUAUGUCUGCCAUGAGCACAUUUAAUUUCUCAGAGCUUCUAGUGAUGCCUCAUGGAACUCUGGGUUUAUAGCAUGUUAGCAAUUCCUCACUAAAAGGCACCUGGUAGCUGGCCCAGCCCCCUCAGAAAAAUGAGGUGAAGAGAGCAGACUCGAUGUGGAUAAAGUCAUGCAGCAAAUCAACAGCAGACCCAGGCCUUACACCCAGGACUUCUACCUCCUAACCUAGAGCUUUUUAUUUUUUUUAAUCUUUGUACUUAGCUGCCUUGUUAGACACAGUUAAGAAACCUAUGAAGUGUGCUGUUCAGCUGGAGUAGAAAAGUGAAAUGGAGAGUUAUAGCUAUUAACCCAGUUCAUAAAUUCCAAUGGAUGGAAGCUCUUAUUCACUCUUACUUGGAAAAAUAGCUGAAGUGAAGAGAAAUUGAGGGCAGAGCAUCACAGCACAGUUGUUACAGAUGAAUGAAUGAAAGAAAUAAUAAAAUGGAAACAGAGUUUAAGAUAUUCUAGUAAGAGUGUGACAGGACCAGGGAAUAUUGAGUCUUAAGCCUAAUAAAGCAGGUUGAGGUGGUAGGUACUCUGCUCCAGGCCUUGAACUUUGACAGCAGCAGGGCUGUAAAUGUGAAGUGAUAAUCAGUUUGCGAAUGUUCUGGCUGCAGCUGUACCAGAUGGGAUUCAGUGAUUCCCAUUCAGCUAACACCAAAUGAAUAUUUGUCACAUACUUGACACUGAUGAUGGUGGGACGAGACACGGUUCCUGCCUAUUAAGGAGAGUCGGAAGUAGCCACAGGAGGAAAAUAGCUACAAGAGUCUAAGUGCUAUUGUGCAGAUACAAGAAAUGUGCUGCAGGUAUACAAAGAAGAGUGCCCUUAGCUCUGGCCACGGCGUAGAGGGAAGGCUUCCUGGAGAAGCUAGCAUUUUCGAGAAAUGCCAUCAGUGAGAAGUAAAAUGUUGGCGAAGAGAGAAGCCUAGAGGGAAGGGUAAGCACACCAGUUGGGAUCUGGGGUUCGGUGGAAUUGAAAGGGUUGCAGCAGACUCCUUUCUUCUGUCCUCUAUCCUCACCCCUACCUGUCCCCCUUCCAGCAGAUGGGAGUUAACGCUCAAGGAGAAUCUAGUUUGCCUGCGGUAAAGGAGGUGCUGUCUCUUUACCCACACUCCAGUGACACAAAAUGCCCUUCAAUGGUGAGAAGCAGUGUGUGGGCGAGGACCAGCCAAGUGAUUCAGACUCUUCCCGGUUUUCCGAAAGCAUGGCUUCGCUCAGUGACUAUGAGUGCUCCAGGCAGAGCUUUACAAGCGACUCUUCUAGCAAAUCCAGCUCUCCUGCUUCAACAAGCCCUCCCAGAGUUGUAACAUUUGAUGAAGUGAUGGCUGCAGCAAGGAACUUAUCAAACAUGACUCUUGCUCAUGAGAUUGCUGUAAAUGAGAACUUUCAAUUGAAACAAGAUGCCCUCCCUGAGAACAGCUUGGCCGGUAGAGUGAGGCACAUUGUCCACCAGGCCUUCUGGGACGUCUUGGAAUCAGAACUGAACGCUGAGCCCCCUGAGUAUGAACACGCCAUCAAACUGUUUGAAGAAAUCAGAGAGGUUCUCCUCUCUUUUCUGACUCCUGGUGGCAACCGGCUUCGCAACCAGAUCUGUGAAGUUUUGGACACAGACCUCAUUAGGCAGCAGGCUGAGCACAGUGCUGUCGACAUCCAAGGCCUAGCCAACUACGUCAUCAGUACGAUGGGAAAGCUGUGCGCUCCUGUGCGAGAUGAUGAUAUCAGAGAGUUAAAGGCUACCUGCAACAUCGUGGAUGUGCUGAGACAAAUAUUUCAUGUCCUGGAUCUCAUGAAAAUGGACAUGGUCAAUUUUACAAUUAGGAGUCUGAGACCACAUCUCCAACGCCAGUUGGUAGAUUAUGAGAGAACCAAGUUCCAAGAAAUUUUAGAAGAAACUCCGAGUGCUCUUGAUCAAACUACAGAAUGGAUAAAAGAAUCUGUACAUGAAGAAUUACUUUCUCUUUCUGAGACUGCUUUAACUCCCGGGGCAAAAAACAGCUCCAAGCCAAGCCUGAGCCCUACAUUGGUGCUAAAUAAUAGUUAUUUGAAAUUGUUACAGUGGGAUUAUCAGAAAAAAGAAUUACCAGAGACACUCAUGACAGAUGGAGCACGUCUUCAGGAACUGACAGAAAAGCUGAAUCAACUGAAAAUGAUUGCCUGCCUGUCCCUAAUCACCAGCAACAUGGUGGGUGCUAUGACAGACGGCCUACCUGAGCUUGCAAUCAGGGUAAAAAAGAUUUCAGCUGUUCUACUUGAAGGCAUGAACAAAGAGACCUUUAACUUGAAGGAAGUCCUAAAUUCUAUCGGUGUUCAGACUUGUGUCGAGGUAAACAAGACCCUGAUGGAGAGAGGUUUACCUGCUCUAGAUGCUGAGGUUCAAGCUAACCUUGUAGGUCAAUUCUCAAGCAUCGAAGAGGAGGACAAUCCUAUCUGGUCCUUGAUUGAAAAACGAAUCCAGCUAUACAUGAAAAGCCUACUUUGUCUGCCAAACCCUCCAAAAUGCAUGCCUGCCGUGCCAGGAGGCCUCACUGUCGUUCAGCAGGAGCUAGAGGUGCUAGGCUCGCAAUAUGCAAGCAUUGUGAAUCUCAACAAACAAGUGUAUGGACCAUUUUAUGCAAAUAUACUUCGAAAGCUGCUCUUUAGUGAGGAAGCCACGGGGAAGGCGGAAGCUUCAUCAUCUACUAACUAAAGAGGAACUGACAUUGGAUAAGAGAUUGGAAGCCCAGCACUUAGGUACCCAGUCUGUUUCCAUCAAUGGCAUUUCAGAUGCGGCACCUUCUCAGUCCUGUCUGUGGCACAGCGUUAGCCCGAAUCUGUAUAAUUCAGUAAUAUUAGCAUUGCAAAGACAUGCACGUUGUAAUGACCCUGUUUGUGCACUAUCUACAAGUCCAAAAGAGAUGUUUUUAAUGAACAGCAAGCAAUUUGUAAUUAAUUAUAUUACCUAUAUAAUACUUGUAAAUGUUUUCUUAAGCAUAUAUAUCUGGCUUAUUCAUUCAACCUGUAAGGAGUUGUAUUUCACAUCAAAUCUAAUGAUUUUUUUAACUUUGGUACAGCUUCUUAAAGGGUUGAAAGUUGUGAACAUAACCAAGGGGAUUGAUGUUCUGAAUAAAUGAUAUGAAGUAAGGGAUAAUCGUAUUUUAAAUGUACAAUUAAAUUUUAUUAAUGUGUAAUAGAAGCUUACGUAGUAUAAGUCCUCAAAUUCUACAAAUAUACCAAAUCACACUUUGUGAUACCAAUUGUCAGUAUUUGUUUAGAAUUUCAAUGUAUUAAAUACAUUUUAAAGCUACAUACAAAUUUUAGAUAAAACCUCCCUUGUUCAUUUAGUGAAAAUAGAAACAAACCCCUUCUAAAAUUUUAUUCUAGAGGGUGGAUUCUUCUCACUUAUCCUGCUCUCUGAGGGAAACAGUUUUUGCACACAUCUCUUCGUGAAUGUCCCUGCAUUUCUCAGGCCACUGAUAAGGUUUAUAUAAGAUUUUAAUAUUUUUACAUAAGGCAGGAGUGGUUUGAAUUGUUUUACUUGUAAGAAGAAAAAUUGAUAAAACAAGAUCCCCAUUCUCAGUGAAAUUCAUGUCUGAAAAAGAAACAGUUGAACUCUGGAAUUUUUAACCAUAUAAUGUGCUAGCAAACGCCUUCUGCGCUGUUUAAAUUCUUACCUGCUGUGACCAAGAUGCUCUUCUAAGUAUCAUCAUCAUUUGCCACUCUUAUGCAUUUAAUUAAACUUUGCCAAGCUGGCACUGGUUGUCAGGAUUCUAGAGAAAUCUGCAUACUGUCCUGGAAUUACAUACUUCUUCCGAAAUGUUAAGUGAAGCACUACCUUUUGGACGGACUCAGCCUGGAAAGUGCUUUAUUUGCAUGAAGUGCAUUUUGAUUGUUUGGUUUUCUGAGGACUCAUUGAACCUUAGUAAUUUGAUGGGGAAGAGUGGGUAGGAAGUAAAAAAUAAUGCUCCUUUCUUCCUCUCUUCCUCACUACGACCUUCACCAUUAUGGUGCUACCUAAUUAUUUGAUAAAGUUCUAGGAAAUGAUUGUGUGAGUAAAUUAUCUCCGGUCUUUACAUUUUGGAGGGAUCUGCCAGAAUUUGAGGAAAUUUUGAAAGUCAGUUUUUUUUCCUCAUGUGACCAAUACAUAAAUCAGCCAUUCUGUCCAUUUGAGCAGCUGUGUAUAAAUGGAAUUUUACUGAAGAGCACAUCAUUGGUCUCACCCAUUGUUUCCCUCUUCCUGUAUUUCCAUUCUGCCUGUUUCCUAUGCUUAGAAACCAAAAGAUGCUGUAGAUUUUUGUUUUCAUUUUCUCUUACGUUGAAGUAGUUUUCAACUGUGUUCACUUUGGGGCCUGGACAGCAGGGAGGGUGUGACAUAGAAAUGUAAUGUGUAGCAUAACUUUUUGUUGCUUUCUGAGGUGAACUGUAUAUUUAACCAGAAGACCAGGUGAUACACUUUUUUAUUAUCAGAUUGGAAUCCAUCUGGUAUUCUUAUAUACUUGAUUAUACUGAGUUGCCAGCAGGAAAACAAUGUGCAAACAUUUUUUAAAAAUGCAUUUAAAAUGAAGGGCAUUCUGCCUUUUUUUUUUUUUUUUUUUAAGUGACAAAGUAAAUCUCAAUGUCUGAAGUCUGGAUUUAGGCAACUACAUUUAUUAGGAUUUUAAAAUCCUAUCCCUUAGCGUGUUGUUUACUUGGUUUUUACUGAAAUGUUUACUUCUACUUUUGAGAAUUUUCUUAACAUGGUCUUGUUUUGUAAUGUCAAUUUUAUUAAACACCAUACACACAUUUUCAUUCUUCUUCUGCUAAAACAUGUAUUGUGUGCGCUAGUCAAAUUUUAAAGCAUUAAAAAUUAUUUCAAGAUA